AUGGCACAGAGGAAAGGGGCAAUAAAGGAGGUCAUUCCUGAAGAGUCUUUACCUUUUAUACAGAAAAUCGCCUGCAUGCAGAUGAACCUCAGCGAUGCUUAUUAUUUCUUGAGUGGUUAUUAUAUGGAUGAUGUGGCAGUGGCCGGUGUUGCAGCAUACAUUCAGGACCAGCCUGCAGUGAAAUGGUAUCAUGCAAAAGAAUCCAUGAGAUACAUCAUAAGUAGAGGUAAUAAAGUCUGCCUUCCGGAUAUUCAGAGACCUCAACUAGAUCACCAGAGAUGUAUUGACUGUUUAACAACUGUUCUAUGUAUGGAAAAAGAAUUAACUGAGGUCCUGCGAAGUCUGUAUUCCACGGCCUUUAAUACUGGAGAUACCGAUGAAGAAGGAAGAAGAAGAAGAAGAAGAAGAAGAAGAAGAAGAAGAAGA